ACAUACACAUCAGUACAGUACCACAAUACUCAUGUAAAGGCACACAGCCGAGGACAUGUUGCAAGGGAACAAGCGAGCGAGACUUCAGCUAAGGGGAAGGAUUGGUUUAGCUUAAUCGCCAUCCCUGAAGGACUGAAAGGCCUUUUGACUCCAUGGAUAGAGGAUGGAUUGGUUUAGCUUAAUCGCCACCCCUGAAGGACCGAUGAUUUUCUGUUGACAUAUGCCAACCAGAGACGGUGAGGGACAAACCAUUGGCCCAGGAAGCCAAGGCAGCUAUGACACGAACAACGUAUCCGUUUGUUUUUUUUGGAGUAAACCGCGAUCUCCAACGACAUGUGCAACAAACCGGUCAUAGACGCCUCAAGUGACCCAUAACCGCCUAAGUAAUCCGCGUUAGUACGAGAAAAGUAACAAACCGCUAACCCCGUGAGCAUCAAAUCGGUCGUAAACGCUACAAUUGAGACAUAAUCGCCUCUAGCUACGGGGCUAGAAGCUUCAUCAAAAUGUGUUGGUUUAAAAUUAUGAAAUAUCGAUACAUUCCACCUCAAGCAGUGCGACCUUGUUUUUAAAAUUUGUGAAGAGACAACAUUUAAGUUAAUCCAAAAUUUUUUAGCUUUAGUGCCAUCCAACCAGUUUAUGAAGAUGACGAUAACAUUUUUGCUUCCAUAAUCACCCAAGAAAAAGAAAAAGACAAUGAAACUGGACUGGAAGAUAUGAAAGAUCGCAUGGAAUUUUAAUUUAGAAAAAUGACAAAGAACAGUGCGCAAAUCGACAAAUCUACAGAUUUCCAAACAGUUAAUGGCAAGAACGUACUUAUAACUGAAAAAGGCAAAAAACGUAUAGAAGCCUUGCUAAAUGAAUUUCACAAAAGUGAUGAUGAUAUUGACAAUAAUAUACUUUGUAUAAAAAACAAAGUUAUUUCUGAAAAGCGAAACAUGCUGUGUGAAAAAAGCAUGUUCAACAAGCAGGAAAGAAGAAAGAAUGUACGAUUAUCCCAGUUUAGCAGCAAAUUGUCAGCUGCAUGUUCACAGACCGAUGAUACACCAUUGUUGGCUCUUGAUGAUGAAUCGAAACAAGCCGUUUUAAAUAGUCCAAUGCUGUUUGGUAAAAAGCGCUUGUUGUCAUUAACCCCAAAAUUAAAUUUUAGGCCACCCACUGAACUCUGUCAGACAUUCAAUAGAAAUUUACUACAAACCGAGACUACGACACCAGAAUUAGGGGAGUUCGCUAAAAAUGCUGUUGAAACAAGUACACCACUUCAGGAAAUGGAAAAAGAUAACGACGCAGUACUAAUGGCAAACCGACCAAAGAGGUGGCGGCUAAGGGAUUUAAGCCGUACUCGUACUAAUUCAAAGAAAUACCAAAUGAAGAGAAUUGAUCGAACACGCAAAUUUUCUUAUAAGAUUCAUUUAUUUUUUUAACGUUAGAACAUUUUGAGUCCUUUCUUACGCUUUUUUCUUAUUGGGUUCGAUACUCAUUGGCGUUGCUAGUGUGGCCAUCUAUCGCUAUAAAUACUAAUUGGCUGGAUAAUAUGUACUAAAGAAGCGAGAAAUGAUUAUUUUAUUAUAUUUACAUAACAUAUAAAAAUACCUAAGUUCACAUAUGCUUCAAGGGUCUUCAACUCCAUGCAAGUUUAAAUUAGUUUUGCUAUUUUUCGCAUUUUAUUUAAUUAAUGACAUUUGGAUGUAUUUUUC